CAAUGUGCGCACAAACAUCAUUUGCAUUUGCUUCGAUCUCCAUAAGUCCAAUCAUUCGGUACAAUCGCAAGAUGCGAUAUGCCAGACUCCCUCCAAUCAAGUCGUGAUGCCGCCUUUCGUGCCUUGCAAGCGACAAUUCUCCCCCGAAGCGACAGCUUCACCAGCCAAGCCAACCCCCCAAAGCGGGACUCGUAAUGGCGGACAUCGAGCAACGCUAUUCCAGGAUGUAGAUGCGCCAAGUUCUGUUCAGAAAUCAGCAGCAGACACUAGGAGACUUAUCGAAAGUCUCGACAAUGGCGACGAUAGCGAUUCCCUGAGCGAGGUCGACAGCGAUGAGUUUGAAGAUGUCCCUCCUUCGAAGCGGAGGAAGACUGUCCAAAGGAAACAGGAAGAGGAAGAGAAUGAUGAGGAUGAGGAAGAUGACGAAGGGAUGGAAUGGGAGGACGCAUUCGGUCAGAACCAGACUCAACCUGCUCAACCUCCUACAGAUGCCGAAAUUGGAGACAUCUCCAUUUCUUUGAAUGAGGAUGGCAGCUAUGUCGAGCCCAUCAUUUCGCUCGCUACCGGUAAAAAGGGUCCGUCGAAGCGCGAAAGGCAGACUCGGUAUCGGACUCAUUGUCUUCAUGUCAUGUCGCUUAUGUGGCACAAUACCGUUCGAAACUCAUGGCUGAACGACAAAGAGCUUCAUGAAAUUCUCCUGGAUGGUCUGCCAGAUGGUGUCAAGCGAGAAGUACGUCGCUGGAAAGAAGUGAUGGGUGGACUGAGCAAGAAAGAGCUUGAGGAGAAGAAAAAGAGAGUGGCAGCAAAAGGCAAGGGUAGAGGUGGUCGAAAGAGUGACACUGCUGGCAAAGGUCGCAAUUGGAGUUACGAUGCCGAACAUCUUGAGCAAGGCAUUCCAAAUCUCAGUCGCGGUGACCCACUGUUGAGGCUACUGAAAGUUCUCGCAGCAUACUGGAGGAAGCGGUUUAUCAUUACGGCGCCCUGCCUACGGAAGCUAGGAUACAUGCCCAUCAAGCGAUUACGCGAUGAUAUUCGUGCCUGGGAAAAAGACAAGAGCAAUGCGGACGCCCAUGGCGAGAGAAUCGAGACUCGAGAAGCUCUACGUAAAUUAGCAAAAGCAGGCGAGGGAUCAAAAGAUGUGGGUGCACAAUUGUUUUGCGCUUUACUUAGAGGGCUAGGACUGGAAGCGCGUAUGGUGGCAAAUUUACAGCCGGCAGGAUUGUCGUUCAAUGCGAAAGAAGAAGCAAAUCUGAAGCCCGCAAAAUCUGCUGUAAAGAUCGAGGAAGCAGAUGAGACAUCUGAAAUUGAAGUCGCCACUCCUGUAUCGAAGGCUAAACCAUCGGAUGGCGUCGAACUGUCCGCGAAGAAGACGAAGAAGCCUGCAUCUAAACCAAAGGAGGAAAGGCCCACGCGGCGGUCUGAAAGAGGAGAUAAGACGCAACCGAUAAGUCUCGACGACACAGAUAGCGAGUUGAGUGAUCCGCCAGACGAAGAAGACAAUCGCAUACCCGACAUUCAGAGCGACAGCGAUGACGAACUUUCGUUAAUAGAUGUCACUCCGGCGCCUCGGAAGAGGCCUUCAAAGAAGUAUGAUCGAGAUCUAUCCUAUCCCAAUUACUGGACAGAAGUCUGCUCGCCCGUCAGUCAUAAAUACAUUCCCGUCGACCCUAUCGUGCUGUCAACAAUUGCCUCGACCGAAGAUCUUCUUUGCACCUUUGAACCACGUGGAGCCCGCGCCGAUAAAGCCAAGCAAGUCAUCGCAUACACCCUUGCUUAUUCCUCGGACGGAUCAGCCAAAGACGUCACCAUCCGCUAUCUCAAGCGGCAUCAGCUACCUGGCAAGACCAAAGGCAUACGUGUCCCGGUGGAGAAGAUUCCGAUACAUGACAAGCGCGGCAAAAUUAAGAAGUAUGAAAACUUCGACUGGUUCCGUACCGUCAUGAGCAUGUAUGACCGUCCUCAGAAAUGGCGUACAGUGGCCGAUGAUCUUGAAGAACAGACAGACUUGAAGCCGUUUAAGCCUACAAAAGUGGGCGAAGCUGGUGCAGACGCUCCUGAGCAGAGGGAAUCUCUGCAAUGGUAUAAGCAAUCUGCUGAAUUCGUCCUAGAGCAAAAUCUGCGUCGUGAAGAAGCACUUCUACCCGAUGCCACGCCUGUCAAGACUUUCACGCCACCUGCCAAGAAAGGUGCAACCUCCGAGCCAGAGACAUUCCAAGUCUACCGCCGUGCUGACGUCGUUGCUUGCAAAACCACCGAAUCUUGGCACAAAGAAGGCCGCGCCAUUCGCACAGGCGAACAACCGCUCAAGUCCGUGCCGAUCCGCGCGGUAACGUUGCAGCGCAAACGGGAGCUCGAGGAUGCUUUACGCGAGACAGGCACCAAACCUCUGCAAGGGCUCUACUCACGCGAGCAGACCGAGUGGAUCAUCCCGCCACCGAUAGGUCCAGAUGGACAUAUUCCCAAGAACGCAUUUGGUAAUAUGGACGUAUACGUUCCGAGCAUGGUCCCCAGAGGUGCAGUGCACUUGCCUCUGAAAGGUGUCAAGGGCGUUUGUAAGAAGCUCGGCGUGGAAUUUGCGGAAGCAUGUGUUGGGUUUGAGUUUGGCAAACAGAGAGCCGUUCCCGUCAUCCAUGGCGUGGUCAUUGGUCUCAAGGAUGAGAAAGUUGUCCGACAGAGGUGGCGAGAAGAACAGGAGGUUCUUAAAGCGAGGGAAGAUGGGAAGAGGACUGCUGUGGCCUUAGGUAACUGGAGGAAGAUGGUCGUUGGGCUGAGGAUCCUUGAACGGAUGAAAGCGGAGUAUGAUGUGUCGGGCGGAAUUAGUGAAGAGAGGAAUCCUUUCGUUGAGAAAGCGAGAAGAGAAGGCCGUUCCGGAGCUGUUGUCGAUUUGACUGGUGAUGGUACUGAUGAAGAUCAAGAGGGCGUCAACGAAGAUGACAUGGCAGGCGGUUUCUUCCAGCCCGGACAUGACGAAGAAGAAGUACCCCAACGACGGCAAGAUCAUCAAAGUUCAAGAGGAGACGAAGUUAAAGCCGAGCUUCAUCUCGACGAUGAUGAUGGUAAUACAGGUGGAGGCUUUCUGCCAGACGAAAACGAAGAAAACAAUGCAUCGCCAGUCCCAGGAGAAGACUUUAGCGGCGGCGGCGGAUUCCUCCUCGAUGAAAGCUCAUCCCAUAACGAAGCAGAGCACAAAUCCGCCAAUGGUUCAUCGCUGAAAACCCACGCAUUGCCCGCCCAGCGAUCCGCGCCAAUGUCACUACAAGCGAUGCACGCACCCGGACCAUCAGCCUCCCUCGUAACAGAAGCCGAUCAAUCCGACAUCGAAUCGCCUCCGCUAUCUACAUCCAAGACCAAGAAACCCGUGCCCAAAUCUUCUAUCAAGAAAAAACCAAUUCCACGUGCUAAGCCUACCACGAAGGCGAAAUCCCCCGCCAAAGCGACUCCGCUGAAAAGUGCAUACUUCGGCGGCAGUGGCCCACGAAGCCGGAGUGCAAAAUUCGAGGACCCAUCCGAUGAAGACUCUGACGAUCACGAUGAACAAGCGGUGAUUGCGAAGGACGAUGACGAUCGCGACGAUGAUGGUGAGGAUGAAGCGGCCAGUGAAGAGGAGAUCGUCACGCCGAGGCGCACGACGAGGAGGACGAGAGGGCGGACGUGAUCGUCGCAAUGAAGACGUGGUAGGUUUCUCUAUACGAGACAUGUGAAAUAAUGAGAAGCUUCGCGAUGCUGUAGGUACGACACAGUGGUUGUAUUUGUAUGUAUAGAUGUAUAUGUAUAUGUACAUGAUGAUUGUUUCUGUCUGUCUGCAGAUGGCACACGCCGUGAACUGACAAAACAGGCCGCGGGAAGUCCACGAUAUCCGGAACACCGAAACGAAUGAGAUAAAACUCGAGAGAUUACAUGGAUUGGGAGAGUGAAAUAUAUGUGUUGCCGGCGUUGGUAUUCUUUUCAUU